CAUUCUUUCCUUGUCCGAGCUGUCCUUGUGUCAUGACAGACUGAGAGAAAGCCAUGGCUCGCUGGCAGCACAACACUCACCAUGGCCGCCACACGCGAAAGAGCUUUGCCCAAAGAAAAGCAAAGAGAAAAGGCAGUGCUGAUUCUGUCAAGACAUCUCAGAGUGGAGGUGCGUUUGGCGGGGAGAAACGACGUCCCAUUGCUGAUCUGGUAGACUAUGUCCGGAGUUGCUCAAAAGCUUUGGAUGGUCUUUCCAAAACUGAAGAGAACCUGCUAUCAAGCCGUGCUCUGGAAGAGGCCACAGCUGCACCUGAUCGGUUGUUCUCAAUUGCUUCUGACCAACGAGGUUCGAAGCCGCUUGAAAAGCUGAUCAAAAAAGCAACACCAGAGGUGUUCUCACUUAUCUUUAAGAUGCUGCUAGAGGCAUUUGGCGACUUGGCCACCAACCAGUAUGCAUCACAUGUUCUUGAAACAGCGCUGAGGUCCUGGGCAGACCGUUUGGGAAAUGACAAACCCAGCCUGCAUCAUUGCCAGCCUCUCGUUACAGCUUGUUCUCGGUUGAAUGACGAGGCCUUGUGGCCCUCUCUUGCAAUCAAUCCGUGCUCUGCACAUGUUCUUCGGGCGCUGCUAAUGGCACUUGGUGGCUACGCACACGAGGAAGGCAAAGAGAAGCUGGCAGCACGUGCUGGAUUGCUGCCACAGACAAAACACCCGAUUCCUUCAGAAAUCGCUGAAUGCAGACGCAAAUCUGCUGCAAGUCUUGUGAAACUCAUCAAGCAGGACAACACCAAUGAUUUCAAUUCUCCAAAUUCUCCAAGCCUUUGCUUGAAUGCUCAUGCAAGUCCUAUCAUCCAGUUGCUCUUGCGACUUCUACGCGAUUGUGGAGACCGUGCUCUCCUUUCUGAAGCUUGUGCUGCGGUGGUGGGAGCAAAGGCAGUGAAUGGCAGCCCGUCUGUAGAACGAUGUGAUGCUUUGAUGGCUUCAGCAGCAGGAUCUCGUGUUUUGGAAGCAGUUCUUGAAACCGCCGGAGCGGAGCUCUUUGCAGAAUUAUUCUCACGCUACUUCAGAUCACGUUUGUGUGACCUUGCAACAGCCACAAGCACCGAAUUCGGUCCAUUUAUUGCUCAAAAAGUGGCAGACGCUCUGAGGGAAGGGCCGCAGCUUCAGCUGGCAUUGAAUGAACUGGAUUUUGUGGCUUGCUUGGGGAGUGGAUCUCAAAAUGCUCAGCACAUGGUUGUGCUGAAGUUUCUUGAAGCAUCGUUGCGAUUGCGAGCAGCGCUGAAACAAGCUGCUGGAGGAGUUUUUCGCGCUUUGGCGCUACAUGCUUCUUCAGAGUAUCAUCGUGCUUGGUCAUCUCUGUUAUCGCUUGCACCUCUGGAUGUGAACUCCCUGAUUGAAGGGGAGUGGAUGAGCAAAAGCGAGCGCAAGUCGGAAAAGACUAACAGCAAAACAGAUGGGAAGGAUACGAAACUGAAAGCCAAGAAAGGCAAGAAAUUCAAAGGCAUGGAAAAAGGAGUCCACUCCGGGGAAGACAAAAAGGAGAACCCUGAAACCGAAGCUGGUGAGGCUGAAAGCGUUGGAAGUCCAAAACUACGGCGACUGCCAGCUGCCGGAGCAAUGCUCCUUGCAGUUCUCUUGCGCUUUCCUGCGGAAACAGUAGCUCCAAUCGUGUCGGGCCUCUCCAAGAUUUUAAGGAAAGACAUUCUACUUGCCCUUGCACUGGAGUCACGCACUGCACGUGUUUUGGAAGCUGCAUUGGCACCAUCUUCAGCUCUUGGUAUGCGACGUCUUAAGCUAGCUGCUUCUUUCAAGGGUCUAAUGGCAACUUUGGGGCCUCACCACAUUGGUGGCUGGGUUUGCGCAGCCUUGUGGCGAACAAGUUUGGGGGAUUCGGGCCUCCGUCAGGCUUUUGCAAAAGAGCUCCUUGACGUGGAGGAAAAGCUUCGAGCUGACAACUUCGCAGUUUGGAAAGUAUGCGGCUUGCACCAAGUCAAAGUGCACACUGCUGAAUGGAUGCAGCAACAAAAGAAAGCUGGCAAAGUUCAAGCGCUUUUUGGCGAUUUGAUUGAAGGGGAUACUGAAUCCGCAAGAGCAGCAAAGAUGCGAAAAGUCAGAGCAGCUGAGGAUGAGGCUUUGGCAAAGGCAGCAACAGAAGCAAUGGAAGACCCAACUGUUGCGGCGCUGCUGCCUUGUGAACCCAUGGAAGAAUCUCCUGCCCUUGCGACGAUCGAAGUUUCCCAGUCAAAAAGCAAAGCAACUUUUCCUGCAUUCAACAUCGCUGACUCUGGUGACCAAAGCCUGCAAGAGACUCUGCAGCUGAUCAAAGGCAAGGCCAGUCGCAAGAAGCGGAAGCGAGCUCGAGAAAUUGCAGAGGAAGAGCCAGAAUGAAGCGACCGUCAAAGUGUCUUGGUCUUGGUUCAUCCGAAUGGAUGGGAACUGUGAAGGAGAGCACUUCCUGUCGGAGUUUCUUGGCUAUGGCGGCUAUGGCAUGCUAUCCUGCACAGAAACAAUGAAAUAUGGUGAUCCCCACGUCCCGAUCAAACAUCAAAGCAUGCAAAGUCCAGGCAAGUCGUAGAUAGGACGGUACAUUUUGACACCAUUGCAAAGCAGUGGGAAGAAAA